AUGAAGGGCUUGUCCAAGGCCAAGGAGGGGGUGGUCGCCGCCGCCGAGAAGACCAAGCAGGGGGUGGCCGAGGCUGCCGAGAAGACCAAGGAGGGGGUCCUCUAUGUCGGGAGCAAAACCCAAGGCGUGGUGCAAGGCGUCACCUCAGUGGCUGAGAAGGCGAAGGAGCAGGCGUCGCAGCUGGGCGAAGCGGCUUUCUCCGGCGCCGGCAACAUUGCGGCUGCCACAGGGCUGGUCAAGAAGGAGGAGUUCCCUGCGGAUCUGAAGGCGGAGGAGGUGGCCCAGGAGGCUGGGGAAGAGCCGCUGGUCGAGCCGCUGCUGGAGCCAGAGGGAGAGAGCUACGAGGAGCCGCCGCAGGAGGAGUACCAGGAAUACGAGCCAGAGGCAUAAUGGAGCCCCAUCCUCGCCUCUUCCACCAGCAGCACAACGAACCGCCGGGGGCCCCCUGCUCCUCCCCGCGCGCCRGCGAGGCCCAGCGGCGCCCCUGCCCCGUUCGCUCACGAGUUCUUCCUCCAGUUCCGUUCCAAGGGACCGUGUCCGUGUCUCCGUGUCGUGUCUAGCCGUGAGAAGCCCGUCGCGCCCGAGCCCCGGCGUGAGCCCGGGCCGUGGGCGCUGGCCGCGGGGCUCGGCGCGCCCACACGUGUGGCCGCAAGCCCGACUUCGUCGCCCGCCUCCCUCCCAGCGCCACGAGCCCCGGCCGCGUCCCGGUGCGUGUGUCUGUACAAAGCAUGUUCACCCGCUCGCGGGCUGCUGUACAUUCCGCUUGCACGCGUGUCCUUAUAGUUCUGCUCCGGUAAUUGUGGAACUUUUUUUUUUUGUCUGGUUUU